GCAUUCGGCAUGUCCGAUGGUAACUGUAACUGCGACAAAGGCCAGGCCCAUCUGUAUCCGGCUGUAGGCGAGAACCCCACCAAGCAUCCCGCAUCCCGCAUCUCGCCCUCUUCAAUGACACUUCCCAACAUCAUCCACCAACUCUCUUCCUACUAACACACCUACACUCCGAGAUCUAUACUUAAAGCUCAAAUCCUUCAUUCACCACCCAGAACAUCAAAAUGCCACCCACAAUUCGCGUCAUCGGCUCCCUAAACGCCGAUAUGGUCUCAGUAACCCCGCGCUUCCCAGACGCCGGCGAAACAAUCACCUCCUCCGCAUACUUCACCAGCGCAGGCGGAAAAGGCGCAAACCAAGCCGUUGCAUGCGGGCGCCUCUCCCGUUCCCAGCCCCAGCCGCACUCGCAAUCGCAAUCGCAAUCGUCUACAAGCACAACCCCCAGUGACGUCAAAGUCGAAAUGGUCGGUGCCGUCGGCGGACUCGACGGACACUUUGACGCCCUCCUAAAUCCGACAUUAUCGAAGUCUGGCGUCGAUACGGCACGCGUGAAGGUGGUUGGAGAUGCGUAUACGGGUGUCGCUGUUAUAAUCGUGGACUCGUCGGCUGGGGGCGAGAACCGGAUUCUAUUCUCACCGGGGGCGAAUUAUACAGGAAUGCAGGGUACACCUGAGGUGCUGGGUAUGGGACUUGCGGCGCCCGUGCCUGAUGUCAUUGUUAUGCAGGGCGAAAUUCCUACGGAUACGACAGUGGGGAUUUUGAGGGCCGUGGGCGAGUUUAAGGAGCAGCAACGGCGGGAUGGUAAGAAGGGGAUCGAGGCCGGCCCUGAGUUGAUUUUCAAUCCUGCACCUGCGCCGCCGGGCGGACUUCCUGGGGAUGUAUAUAAGGGGGUUGAUCAUUUGAUCAUGAAUGAGACGGAGGCAGAGCUGAUGACGCCUGCGGAGGAGGUGUUGCUACGUGUUCCUGGGAUAGAGGCUUCGCAGGACGGGAAGGAGAAAGUGGCGAGAUAUUUCCACAGUCUAGGGGUGACCUAUGUGCUGGUGACACUGGGUGCGAAGGGGGUUUGGUAUAGUGCCGCGGACGCGGGGAGCGCCGGGGAUCUUGCUGGUGGAGGGAGGGCUACGAAUGAGGUUCCUGCGGCGAAGGUGAGCAGGGUGCUUGAUACGACGGCAGCGGGAGAUACGUUUGUGGGAGCCUAUGCGGUUAAAGUUGCGCGGUGGCGUGAGAAACGGCGCGCAGAGGGGAAGGCUGGGGAGGACUUGACGGCGGAAGAGAAGGGUGUGCGGUAUGGGAAGGUUAUGGACGAGGCAAUGGAGGUUGCUACGAGGGCAUCAGCCCGGUGUGUGGAAAGACAGGGUGCUAUGGACAGUAUUCCUUGGGAGGAUGAGAUCUGAGGGCGCGGGUGAACUUUGUGCAGGGCUAAUGCAGUUGUAUGAUACGGGCCGUGUUUGAAAAAUAGAAUAGAAAGCUAGAUCAAGAUAUUCCACCACUGCCAGGCGUGCUGGCAGGUUAGAUAUUCCCUGGCAUGCUAGACGUUUCAUCAGCACGAAGGAAGGUGGUCAGGAAUAGCAACGCUGCGAGAACAGCAUCCUCCGCAAGCGCUUGAGAACUUAGACGAAGGAAAUGCGAAUGCUGCAAGCACAUGCAACCAUUGGGCACCCACGAUACACAUCAGAAAGUAAAGCGCUUCGGAGUCUGUACAUCCAACAUCCA